CUACAUGUAUUGCGGAUCGAAAGCGGUCAUCGGCUACGUAAAUUAGGAUUAGGCGUAAUCGCAUUGCUCAAGUUAACAGUUUUAAACAAGGGUUGAUACGUAAAAUAGUUUAUUAUUCGAAAAGAGUUUAGGAACGAUCUUAAUUUUACCAGUGAUGAUGAAGAUAGUUAUUUUCGCAUUUCUUUAUUUACUGUUCCACAAUGGCGAUGCAGCGUUUACGUAUGGUCUGGAGAACGACCUCAGAACUCUACUCUUUACGAACAACAGUUACAAUAAAUUAACUCGACCAAAUGCUCAAGUCUCAGUCAGUGCUAAAUUCAACAUCCUGACUCUAAAUUCACUGAGCAUGAGGGAUCAGCUGAUGAAAAUGGCAGGAUACUUUUCGUUGGAGUGGACCGACGCUCGCUUGAAUUGGACUGCUGAUGCAGCAUAUAGUUCAGACAUUCUUGUUAUAUACACUACCCAAGACUAUGUAUGGGUCCCCUCACUCUCAGUUACAAAUUCAGUGGACGAGCUUGCGGUAAUUAGCGAUGACACAGUCAUCAUCCGUGUAAUCAAUGAUGGUACACUCACCUGGACCCCAGGUGGUGUGUAUGAGACCCAGUGCUCGACGGACGUCACUUACUAUCCCUUUGACGAACAGGAGUGUGAUAUAGUGCUCACCACAUGGGGAUACACAAAUGUAGAAAUCAAUCUAGUUGGAAAUGGAGUGGAUUUAUCGUAUUACGAACCCGACGGAGAAUGGGAGUUCUUGUCCUAUAGCGUGACGUCGACAACGCGAACGGCAGGAGCGAGCAGCCUACCGCAGAUUACCUUCGCGAUGAAGUACAGGCGAAGACCCACCUAUCAGGUCAUGAAUACGAUCCUUCCGUUGAUGCUCCUAGGCUUCCUUAAUUGCUUUGUAUUUCAACUUCCGGCUGAUUCCGGGGAGAAAAUGGGGUAUUCUCUCACUACACUCCUCGCCUUUGCGGUGUAUCUGACGAUCGUGUCUGCCGAUACACCAACUACUUCUCUUCAUACGCCGGUACUUUCUGUGUAUCUCAUUACCAUGCUAUCCAUGGGAGUUGUAGCUAUCCUGCUUACCAUAUUUGUGCUCAAAUGUCACUUCAGUACGGAAGACCAACCCAUUCCAAAAUAUAUCCGCCGAAUUUGCUCUAUCGCCAAAAAAUUGGAACGCAACCACUGCUGCAAGAAAAGCGAAGUCGUUGACGAAAUUGAAAAUGACAAAAAAGGAAAUAAAGGGUCUCCCCGCAAGGCAUUCAAACCGGAACUGUCAUGGCCGGAAGUGACGACAGCUCUUGACAAAUUCUUUUUUAAAGUUUACACGAUCAUCUUUCUGCUGCUCACUUUUGUAGUUCUCUUUGUGUUUGUAAUUCAUUAUUAUACUUGAUAAUUUAUCGCAUGAGAAAUUGUGAAUUGGAUAUAUCCAAAUCACGGUAGACAAUAAGAUGGAAUUGAAUAGGGGUACUCACAAACAUUCUCAUCAUUUGUAGAAAACAACCUCUAUACUCUGUCCCGAGUUUUUGCUUCUACCACUUUUUGCUUGAUAUUUCGAUAAUCAUAAAUACCUUUGUGCCCAAACUACGUUCAUCCACUAAUAUGAAAAAUGUCCGGAUAAUCUAUUUUUAAACGCCUCUUCUAUCGCUUCAGGUUUCAAUACACAUCCAAAAAUAAAAAGUCUACGGGGAUUUUACAUUGCAUCAGCCAUUGAUAAGCCCGGAUGAUGACGUUGAAAAAUUGCGCCAGGUAUCCCGAAUACUUCUGAAUGGAGAAAAGUUGUAAACAUUUCCCAUUAUAAAUGUCCAUAAGAUUUUUUUUUUUGUUCCUGGGAACUUUUAUGAGUGAAAAAUGAUAAUUGUUCAAUGAAGAUAUCUUGGACAUAUUCCCUUAUAUCGAUUUCACCUGUAUUUCUUUCUCAGGUAUGUGUAUUUUUAUUAAAAAUCGUCAAAAAGUGAUGGAAGCAAUAACUUGGGACAGACUAUAGUACUGUAUAUUUUAACGAACGAUGUAGAGCCAUGCUUUUACUUAAAAAUACUAAAAGUACAGAAAAGCGCCAAAUCUGAAGGAAAGUGUUCAAAAAAGGCGUAGUACUGAAGGUUGUUAAAAUAUAUCUACAUAACCAUGUUAGAAUUGGAAUUUGUUCAUUAUUAUUGUAAAAAUACAGUUUCUAAGAAACCUGGAAUUAAAUUUAAUUCAGAUAUUACUUCGUUAUAGAAUACAUAUAUCAAUAAAAAGUUUUAGAUGCAUAAUGUCAUGUUACACUAAAAACAAAAUACCGAUUACUUAUUUUUUUAAAUUCUUUUUUAUCAUAAUCGCAACAUUUCACAAUCAAUGUAAUUAAAGAAAACUAUUUAUAUGUCAAAUAAUAAAUGUAUAUCUCUU